AUGGGUCUCUCAUACAACGUCUACUUGACCGCCAACAAGAUCUUUGGGUGCAAAGACUGCAAGACCCAUCUGGCAGACUACAAUGAUAUCAUCAGCCAACACGGGAAAGCAUACCUCUUCAACAGUGUUGUCAACGUCACACAAGGCGAGGCUGUUGAGCGCAGCAUGACGACCGGUCGACACAUCGUGCGGGAUAUCUCCUGCAGACAGUGCAAGGAAAUUGUAGGAUGGAAGUACGACAAGGCAUACGAGAGCGCAGAGAAAUACAAAGAGGGCAAGUUUAUCCUCGAAGAGGAGCUUCUAUGCGUGGUAAUGGCACCUGCUCCCUCGGACUCUGGUAUGAUGCAGGCCGUCGUGUUCCACGGGCCUUACAAGGUUGCCGUUGAGCAGCGGCCUAUUCCUAAGGUGCAGAACCCGGAGGAUAUCGUGGUUAAGGUUGGAUAUACCGCACUGUGUGGAAGUGAGUUGCAUAUGUUCCGUGGCGUGGAGCCUGCAGGGACUGGCUUCGUAAUGGGCCACGAGUUCGUGGGAGAGAUCGUUGAGAUGGGUAGUGCUGUCAAGACUCUUCAGAAGGGUGACCGUGUUGUCACUGCUUUUACUACUUCAUGCGGGGAGUGCUUCUACUGCAAGCAAGGGUGGUCAUCGCGCUGCGACAAGAACGGUCUCUUUGGUUGUGACAGCUUGGACGGUGGACAGGCUGAAUAUGCCCGGAUCCCCAAUGCCGAAGGUUCCGUCAUGAAGGCCCCCGAGGGUGUUGACGAGAAAUUCCUAGUGCUCAUGGGAGACAUCUUCCCCACUGGAUGGUUUGCAGCGCAUAAUGCAUUCAAGAACUCCACCCCGGAGCAGAUUGCUGAGCAGACAGUAGUUUUGAUUGGUUGUGGACCUGUUGGACUAUGCGCACUCAUCAAUGCCCUCGAGUACAAACCCAAGCACAUCCUAGCGGUUGACUCUGUCCCAUCCCGUCUGGAACUUGCCAAGUCACUUGGUGCUGAGCCUUGGAACUUCCAGCUCGAUCGUGCUGGCUUGGACAAGCGGGUGUUGGAGUUGACUAACGGACGUGGUGCUGAUGCUGUUAUUGAGGUUGUUGGAUUGAGCCCUGCCUUGCGCACUGGGUUUGAAUUGUUGAGACCUUUUGGAACUAUCAGCAGUGUGGGUGUUCAUAAUGGAGAGAUUCCUUGGGAUGGCAAUGAUGCCUAUUCCAAGAACUUGACUGUUCAAAUGGGUCGAUGCCCCGUUCGCUCUGUUUCUGCUCAAGCCCUUGACAUUAUGCCACUCUCGCAGGCGGUGGAGGGCUAUGAACUAUUCAAUGCAAUGAAGGUGCAGAAGGUGAUAUUUCAAGCUGAUCAAUAG